CCUUCUCUUCUUUCACUUAUACCAAUAUUUUCCCGUCUCUAAUUUCUUCCAAUCAUGUCUGUAGUUCCUCCCAAGAACCCUACAACUCAAUUGUUGCAUUCUAAACCAGCAACAGCCACAAAGGAGGAGUUGAGUUUGAGGAACUUUUCCGACGAAGUUGUUACCGGUCAUAUCUAUACCAAACAUCGUGACGAUGACAAGACCAAGAUUGACGUUGACAAUUAUAUCUCACUUGUCGAAAGCAUCAUUACGGUUGCUGACCGAAUCAGCGAAAGUGCUACUCGAGGCGUUGAAGGACAUGCAGUAUUUUCUGAUGACACUUUGAAAUCUAGCGUUUCUGUUGAUCCACCACUCUGUACCCUUCACAAAAUAUCUAGCGAGUUGUCAUGCAAGGCUCCAGGAAUAGAGAAGGCCCACCAAACUACACUUGUCAUCCUCGAUAUAUUGAUAAGCUAUCCAUGGGAAGCAAAAGCAGUUCUGGCUUUGACUGCUUUUGUGACUGAGUAUGGAGACAUUUGGCACCUCAACCAUUACUCUCACCAUGACCCUCUUGCAAAAGCACUUGCACUUAUCAAGCGAGGGGCUUCCUUGAAAAAGCACUUGGAUUCUUUGAAGUAUCGGCAAGUGCUUCUUAGCCCCACCAGCCUCAUCUACAGCUGCUUGAAAGCUAUCAAGCACAUGAAUAAGAUAAGGGAAUUUUCCAAAUACGACAUCAAGGAGCUUACAGAGUUGUCUUCUGCCGUUCGCCAAAUCCCAUUGAUUACGUAUUGGAUUAUACAUAUUAUUGUUGCUUCUAGGACGGAGGUCUCCAGUUAUUUGAAUGACACUGAGGGCCAGCCACAAAGAUAUCUGACUGAAUUGGCUGAGAAGAUUAAUUCUAUUAUCAACAUACUUGAGAACCAAUUGAGUGUUAUCCGAGGGCAACAAGAGGAGAUUGAUCUUUAUAGGUGGCUUGUGGAUCAUAUUGAGAACUUCCCCACUGAGAUUCCAUUGGUUGUGUCCAAAUUGGUCGAAGGCAAAAUUCAUUCCAAGCCUUUCUUUGAUGGUUCUACUCUAACAGAGGUUAGCGUUGAAUCUAGUUUGGCAGACAAAAAUGUUAUAUUGGUCAUUUCUGGGCUAGACAUCUCAAAUGAAGAUAUUAAAGCUCUUCAUUUAGUUCAUAGUGAGGUAAAAAAGGAAGACAAAUACAAGAUUGUUUGGAUUCCAAUUAUCCCAGAAUAUGCCACUGAAGAAGAGCGAAAAAAAUAUGAUUAUAUUAAGUCUACAACAAAAUGGUACACAAUACAAUAUACUACAAAAGUUGCAGGCUUGAGGUUUCUUGAAGAACAGUGGCAACUCAGAGAAGAUCCGUUGGUCGUUGUGCUUAAUUCAAAAUCGAAAGUGGAAUUCACAAAUGCAAUUCAUUUGAUUCGAGUUUGGGGAACUGAUGCAAUUCCAUUCACUCGCAAUAGGGCUGAUAUAUUAUUGAGGAAAAAUUGGCCAGAGUCCACUAUUAUCAAAUUUACAGACCACCCAAGGCUGCGAAGCUGGAUUAACCAAGAAAGGAGCAUUCUAUUCUAUGGAGGAAAAGACCCCAAAUGGAUCCAAAAUUUUGAAGAGAAAGUAGUGGACAUCAAAAGUGACCCCUUAAUGAGGGACAAAGGAAUCACAUUUGAAAUCGUACGCAUUGGAAAGAACUUCCAAGGAGAAGAUGAUCCUAUACUCAUGUCUCGCUUUUGGCUCACACAAUGGGGCUACUUCAUAGUCAAGAGCCAAGUAAAAGGCUCGAGUGCAAGUGAAACAACUGAAGAUAUCUUGCGUUUGAUAUCAUACCAAAAUGAAAAUGGCUGGGCGGUGUUAGCCGUGGGCUCGGCACCGCUGCUCGUGGGUCGUGGCAAUUUGGUUUUGGCAGUGAUGGAGGAGUUUAACAAAUGGAAAUCGAAUCUGAACAUAAAGGGAUUUCCUGACUCUUUCACGGAUUACUUCAAUGAUUUGGCUCUCAAGACUCACCAAUGUGAAAGAGUGACACUUCCAGGAUUCAGUGGAUGGAUUCCAAUGGUUGUCAACUGUCCUGAAUGCCCUCGUUUCAUGGAGACUGGUAUUAGCUUCAAGUGUUGCCAUGGACACACUCACAUGUGAUGAUCUUCGAUCGAUCAUUCGACUCAAAGAAGGGAUUUAUAAUGUGCUAUGUCUCGUCUACAUAUAUAUAUAUAUAUAUAUAUAUAUAUAUAUAUAAUACUAUUAAAUAAUGGUGUAAUGUUUCGUUGUUUCUUAUUCUAUUUCCUCGAUUGAAUUUGAGAUUGUUUGAGCUACGUGAUGAUCUUACGCGUUGGUGAAAGGUUACUACAAAAUCAUAUUCUCAGAGUAUUUGACA